AUGAAGGUUCUCAUCAUUGGCGCGACCGGAUUCAUCGGGCUGCCUAUCGCGCAGGCCUUCGUGCGCGCUGGACACAUUGUGUACGGUCAGACGCGCUCUGCGGCCAAGGCGAAGCGACUCGCAGCGGAAGAGAUCAUUCCCAUAGUCGCGGACGUCGCAGACACGGCCGCCUACCUCCCCAUCGGAGCCACGCUCGACGCGAUCAUCGACGCCGUCGGCGGCAGCGACAUCAAGGACACGUCCGACCUCCUCCUGCGCGCGACCGCCGCCGCCGUUCACGCGCACCGCCCCGCGCUCGCGCCGAAGCUCACCUACAUCUGGACGUCGGGCACCUGGAUCCACGGCGACAACCGCACCGAGGUCGUGAGCGACAGCACCGCGCCCGACACGGAGCGUGCGCCGGCACUCACUUCGUGGCGCGCGGCGCAGGAGCAGCGCGUCAUCGCGAGCACGGACGUGAAUGGGCUGGUCAUCAGGCCGUCGCUGCUGUACGGCCGCUCCGGGUCGCUCUUCGCGCGGUUCUUCGAGCGGGCCGCGCGCGAGGGUGUCGUCGCGUGGCCGGGCACCCCCGGGGGGCGGCUCGCGACUAUCCAUACCGAUGACCUUGCGAAGCUGUAUGUGCUUGCAACGGAGAAGGCGGCGGUGUCCAAGGGGCAAAUCUUCGACGGGACGAACGACGUCACGGAGAGCACGGAUUUGUUCUUGCAGCGGCUCGUCGAGGUCUCUGGUGCGAAAGCGCCGUACCAGUACUUUGAGCCUACCAAUUUGUUUGAUCGCGCGCUUACCACAACGACGAUAAUCCGCCCGUACCUUGGUCGCGCGCUGCUUGGGUGGCGCCCGCGGAAGGCUGGGCUGAUCGACCAUUUGGAGAUAUACUACAAGGCGUGGCAGGCCACCCAAGAGGACCUUUCGUGA